AUGAGAAGUUUAAUUUUGAUUGCGAGUCGAGAAUAAGGGAGAAAUAAAAAUUAAAAAAGUUUGCAAAAUUACUGCCGUAAUUCGAUUACUAUAUGAGAAUUUCACGACACAAAUGUCCCUUUGCUUUUUAAAGAUUAAUUUAGGGAACGAGAGAGAAACUUGAAAACUUUUAUUUCUUUUUUUUUCUUAUUUUCUUAAUAGCAUAUUCCUGAAAUUAGAUUUGUCUCUCUCAUUUAAAAAUACCACUUAGAAAAGUCAAUCGAAAGCGAAUUCCUUGAAUGGCGCGUCUAACAGUUUGUAUCGGACAAAUAAUGACUUCUAGAUGAACGGAUCAAACUAGAUAAUUAAAAUUGAUAGUUGUAAGAUUACGUACACUUGUACCGCUUGCCGUUUGGACACUUGCCAUCGACCUGCUACUUCGCAACUUGUCGCGAAAUAGGAUCAACGCGCGAAUAAAUUGAAUGAAAUCUUUCGGUGCGCACGCGAUGCGUUAUUAUAUAAUUUAUUACUUAACUUAUUUAACUCGAUUAAUACCAGAGUGCUGAAAGUUCCAUCCCGUUUCAUUGUAAAUCUUACAUUAUAACAAAUUUUAAAAAAGUAAAAAAAAAUUAGGGAAGAUAAAAAUGGCACACUUUUUAAAUUUUGAGUUUCCAAUUGCAUAUGCAAAUUACAUGUAAAUUGUAUAAUAUUUAACUUCGUCAAUUUUCUGAUGAUUUUCCAUUGUGAAUUUUACAUUAUAACAAAUUUAAAAAAAAGUAAAAAAAAAUUAGGGAAGAUAAUCGCAAAAAUGGCAUCAUUUAAAAAAUUUUGAGUUUCCAAUUGCAUGUGCAAAUUACAUGUAAAAUGCAUAUAAUAUUUAACUUCGUCAAUUUUCUGAUGACUUUACUCAUUCAGCGAAACGACUUGUCCAUGCGAGGGAACAUUAUUUCGCGUGUCUAGAGAGAGAAAAAGGGAGAGAGAUUGACUAGUAGUAAAAUCGGUCCCUUGUAACUACAUGUAUACCAGCAGUAGACGACGGAGCGUCGAGUCAGACACGGCGCUUGGUGGGGCGACAGUUAAAUAGCUGCCUAACGGGCUUUGCGUGAUAACGGACAAACGGAAAGAGUUUAAUAUAUAUCGCGAGUAUAUAUACAUAAUUAAUAAUACUCAUUUGCCCAACAAUUCUUACAUUCUCGCUGCGGAGUAAACUUUCCUCGGAUAUUUUAUGCACGAAUCCCCUCGUGUGAUUGUCCCGCGACACGAGUUAAAGAAAAAUAAUAACCGCUAACGGGGAGAACCGCACGAAAAUUUUUCCAAUUUAAUUUCGAUUAAACAAUCAUCCCGUAAUCGCCCGACUACGCAGUAACAGGAGCGUCUGAAACCGCAAGAAGAUUCACAAUAGCGGAGCAAGAGCUUCGAGAUCGAUAUACGGCGCUUCGUUUAAUCGGUCGAGAUAUAAUCUAUCGAGAACCCGCGAAUGUUCACAUCCAUAUCGAGCAGUCGAGACAACUUAAGCCUAACAUCAAGAGAGCUCCAAAUCCUCUUAUCUGCGACACGUCGUACGCGCGUUAAGCAUCCGGAAUUAGCAGCGCGCGUGCUGCUGUCAUGCACCGCUUUAAACCAAUUCCAAUAUCGUCAUAUCGGACGUUAACAGACGAGAAUAUAUAGCUCACUUGGCAGAAAUGAUCGCGCGACCGACAUAAAUAAACAUAAGUAACAUACCUGAUCGGGCCGAUCCAAGGUCAGGUCACCAGGCCGGGAAUACACGAUGUUAACUUAUCCUCGUCUCUUCUUUCGGGGCUGUCGUGUCCACGGAUGUUGCGACGUAAAAGCCAACGAAGCCGGCUGCAGCGAUCGAGACGAGACGUCGUUGAAGGGAUGAGAGGCGAUGAAGCGCGGGGAUGAAGCGGGGCAGCGAGAGAGGCUUCGCCCCCGUUUCUGCGACGAGGACAACGAUCGACUUCACUGCCGCUCGCGGCGAACGCUCGCCAGCGAGCGAGGGCGCGCGAGGGACUGCGGGGUGAAAAAUCUACUCGCUACUCGACGACGACGUACUCGCGCCGCGUAUCCGCUGCGACGUCUGACGACGAUCGUCGCGGUGCGCGGAGCAUUCGCGACCGACUGUACGACCCGACCUAACCUCCCCGAGCUUCGCCGAACGACUGGCGGGCUUGAGCUUGAGCGCCCGGCGCGCGCGUUCCGAUUAUCCCCUCCACUCGCCACCUUUCUCCCUCCCUCCUAACGGUAUAAAUUUGUACUCGCGCUGCCACUUCGCGCCGCUGGAGGGAAGAGCGGGACAUUUAAAGAGAUUCAAAUAUUUUUUGACGAUAAUAUUUGAUGUUUAUAUUUAAAAAAAAAAAGGAAAAAUCUUUCAAUAUCAAGGAGCGUUUUUUAGCGAGGAUAUUUUUAUCCUUGUUGGUUGCCGAAUGUAAACAAAGAUGAAAUAAUUGAAUGUUUUAUGUCACUGUGUCCUCUUUUAUACUCUGUCUCGUUUGCUGAAGAACGCUCGAUUCAAUGUUUUAAAUAAAUAUAUACGUACAUACCGUUGUUGAACGAACAUUAUAUAUUAUUGAACUUGACAUAAGCACAUUGACGAUUCAUAAACAAUACAUUAGUCGCGAUCGUUAUUCUCUUAGUUUAGUCUCUAAUAAAUAUACGUAAACAAUAAUAUGAAGAAAUAUAAAAACGUUCUUGCUUGAAUAAAAGUCGCGGAUAGUAUAAAGAAAUCUAAAGACAUUGUAAAAUAAUAAAAACACUGUUGUUUGAAAUAAAAGUCGCGGAUGGAGUUGGCGUGGAUGCAGUGGCCAUGACUAUUUUUCUCUAGAGCGGAAUGCACGCAUAUCCGGUCGCUCGCGUUUCCGCUCCACAUGCGCACGUCGCUUUAAGUUUGGCGCGAAAGCGCGCGCCGUGUCGUGUCGACGGCCCAGCUGGCGCCAGCAGCGUCCUGGAAAACAGAAAGCCAAACCGGUCAUGAGAGGCUAGUUAACGACUGUGUGCCGCGCUCAUCACGCUUGCGAAGAUUCUGUUUUCUGGCGGAAUAUCGCGAUACAUUACGCGGACGCCGCGGGAACGACACGACGGCCAGCCGGUAUCUCGAAAGAUGGGAGCGUACCUGUCGGAGCCAAUUACGAAGAAGGAAUCGAGCGACGAAACGGGAAAAAAUGUCGCGUACGGCGCGAGCUCCAUGCAGGGCUGGCGAAUCAGUCAGGAGGAUGCACACAAUUGUUGCAUAGAUUUCGAUGACAAUUGCUCACUGUUCGCCGUAUACGAUGGUCAUGGUGGACAUGAAGUAGCAACAUAUUGUUCGCGUUACCUUCCUGACUUCAUUAAACAGACGGAAGCUUACAAAAGAGGGGACAUCAGGCAAGCUCUAAUAGAUGCUUUCCUGGGUUUUGAUGCUACUCUCACAAAACCAGAGGUAGUCAAAAUUCUCCAUGAACUUGCAGAAACAUCAACGACAGAGAAGAAAGAAGGUGACAACGAGUCUGAUGAGGAAGAGAAUGUUAGUAAUCUGUGUAUGGAAGCGACAAUGCCGUUGGAGCAAGUAAUGGCAAAGUAUAAGUCAGAGAUGUUGAACACUCAUAUAAAAAGCCUGAAAGGUGAGAAGUGCGGGAAGCGCGCAUUUGCGAGUCCUUUCCUGCGAGGUCGAAGGGAACGAGAGAAAGCAACCUGUUCGUCUCUUGGCGCAGGAUGUUCGUCGUCGCCAUCUCCACCACCUCCAUCAUCGUCAUCCUCGUCGACUACGGCUGCCUGGAAUACCAACGAAACAGAUGUUAGUAGUUCCAGUCAACCGUGUGGAUCAACUCUGUCUAGCACAGUGGAGCAAAAAGAAUCCGAAUGUCCAGGAAGCAAUGAAGCCGAGCAAGUACUAGAUUCGACGACAAGCAAUGGCAAUGCUGCUCAUGUAUCACCACCAGUAGGAUCUACUGCGGAUGUAGAACCUGCUAAAUCAAUGGAUAUGCCCGACAGUUCGGAGGACGUGAAAGAGAAAGUUUCGAGUCCCGGCAAGACGCCGCCAUGUGCGGAGUCUAAUGUGAACGAAGUGGAAGUUAAUGGCGAGGAAUUGAAAAGGAUCGGAGAUGCAGAUAGCAGUAAGGGUGGAGGAGACAAUGUAUCUAGCAGUUCCUGCACUCCCGUAGAAAAUGGUGAUGCAGAUCAGCAAGAACGAAUAACUAGCAGUGGUCGAAGAAGAAUUCAACCUGUGGAUCUUUACCAAAGCUUACUGAAAAAGGACAGUGAUGAUUCCGAAGAAGACGAGGACGAUGAUGAAAAUGACGAGACGUUUGAUGGUGUUCCUGAAAGUGACGAGGAUGAUACAGAAGAUAUUGACGAAGAUGAAACCGAUGAUGAUGAGGAAAUCGAAGAAGAAGAUAUAGAUGAUUCUGAUGAGGAUCCUGACAUUAUGAUAAACAUAGAAAAGCCUGGUUCGGAUAGCGGAUGCACAGCAGUGGUAGCGAUACUCAAAGGAAACGAGUUAUAUGUAGCCAAUGCUGGAGAUUCUCGAUGUGUUUUAUGCAGAGAUGGUCAGGCAGUUGAGCUUAGCUUGGAUCACAAACCCGAAGACGCACCAGAAAUGGAACGUAUAGUAAAAGCAGGUGGAGAAGUGACAGGCGACGGUAGAGUGAAUGGCGGUCUCAAUCUUUCGAGGGCGCUCGGUGAUCAUUCGUAUAAGCAAAAUAUGGUAUUACCAGCCGAAGAACAAAUGAUUUCCGCUUUACCAGACGUAAGGCAUAUUACGAUUGAACCAGCAAAAGACGAAUUUAUGGUGCUCGCAUGCGAUGGUAUAUGGAACUUUAUGACCAGUCAAAACGUUGUCCAGUUCGUGCGCACUCGUUUGUCGCAAAAUUACGAGAACAUCUCGAAAAUCUGUGAAGAGCUAUUUGAUCAUUGCCUUGCACCGGAUACUCUUGGUGAUGGAACAGGUUGCGACAACAUGACUGCCGUAAUAGUUAAGUUUACAAUGCCGGCGGCCGCAACUGCUAAAAGUAACACCGUUGCUGAAGUAUGCGUCACAAAAAAGCGGUCAAUCUCACCAGCUGUUGAGGAAAAUAACGAGUGCAUCGCGGAAGAAAACACAGUAAACUCUUGUAAACGCGUCAAGACCGAGGCAGCUAUGUAAAUCAAGAGUCACCACGUGUCAUGAACUGAUCUCCGGAAGCGGACAAAUUAAUGUGAGUUAUUGUACAAUUAUGUAACAACUUUAUAUUACUGUGUAAAAAGUUGAAACGACGAUUAUGCAGUAAUAGGCAUAUGAAAAGUGCAAGGUGUGUUAAUGUGUUGAUUGCUGCUGACAGAGACUGCUCCAUUGGAGCACGUGGGAAUGAUAUAAUGUCGUUUUCUUAGUGAACACAGAUAUAAGUCAUUUUUUUAAAUAAAAAAAAUCAUUAUACAGAGUGUUUCAAUUUUUUCUCAAGAUCGUAUCUCACACAUAUACAUAUAUAUUUAAUACUACAACACUAUAACACUGUUUGAUGCCUCUGAGCUUUCUAAAUAUGAGAAAGAUUAUAUGCAUGUGCAAAGAUUUAUUAAAGAUUCUUUUUUCUUUUUUGAUCGAGCUUAUAAACAUUGGAAAUUGAAAGUUGCUACAAGAUCUAAAAAAGAAGAAAGAUAUAACGCGAUUCUUUUUUUCAUAAUUUUAUGAUGCGCAAAGUGCAAACAUUUUGACUGGUCAUGAUUAUAUUCCAUAUUCUGAUCUGAAAUCUGAUCUUGCAUUUCAUUGUUGAAAACUGAUUCAACAUAUACGGGCUAACAUUUUUAUUGUGUCGUAUAAAUAAAAUGCUAAUUAUAUAAUAGUAAACAUAAUCUUGAUAGAACUCACACAAAUCUCAUCCAUUUCUUCAUAAGUAAUUACUGACUUAAAAGUAUGAUAAUAUAACAGAUAAUACAUAUUCU